GUGCCUACCUUACAAAAAGCAAUUGCCAAAGCAGCGCGGGUAUAUUUGUGGUAUUUGCCAUUUCCAUGAUCACUGCAUGACGUCAUUCAAAGUACAACAAGGCGAACUUCCAACUUCAGUACUGAAUUUCAAUACUGUCAUUACUGUGAGCUUUAAUAGCUCCACGAAGAACGCCCAAAGAAAUAAAUUCUUAAACUCUGAAGCAAUGAAUGGCUGCCAGAAUGGGAAUUGCCAUGAAACCAAAAGCAGUGACGAUCACUGCGUAAGAGGAAAGAUCUUCCAGACCGCUCAACAGAUAUAUGUACACACAGGCAACCUGACAAAUUGGAGCCGAAGCAAUUCUAAAGUGGUGAAAAGCACGACAGAAGAGAUAUGUGAAAGACUGGUUUCAACUGUGAACUCUUGUACGACGGACAAUGAUAAGAAAUAUAAAGAGCGAGAAUGUGUUCGUUUCGCGAAUGCGUCAUUGGUGGAGAAAGUAAAAAGGGAAGAACGCGACACUUUAAGAGUUUCAGUAAAACUUUUCAUUAAUGAGGAAAAACCACAUAACAUUCAAGAGGCGAUAUUCCGCGAUUUGACUGAACUUGGUGUUGACUUUAUUGAUGUCGUGGUUCUUUCAAUCCCGCCAUUUCUAAAUGCGGAUACGCAGUUUUCAGUUAUCAAACCAAUGUGGAAGGAACUAGAGAAACUUGUAGAGCAGUCAUAUGUCGGAGAUAUUGCUGUAUGUGACUUCAGCAUGGUGGCAUUAAAACAAUUAUGCGAAUUUGCAAAGAUCAAGCCUUCAUACGACCAGGUCAAUUUAGCGUCUUGCUGUGUGAUGCCACAGGACUUGGUUGUGUAUGCCAAAGAGACUGGAAUCAAUCUUCUUACUCAUGCUGAUCCAAAAGAUAUUCUUCCAUCCGAAAAAUUGCUUCAAACCAUCAACAAAGCCUACGAAUAUCCAGAAGAGGUACGUGGUUGGCGAUAUUCGUGGGUGACCUGUUACUCAGUCAUCAUCAAAUGUCGCGCUGUGCUGCAGAACAAGGGGUACAUUGUGAAUCUUGUCCGGGAAGUGUAAUUAUGUAUUAAGUUAAAAAAGGGCCGUAUAUAUCCGUGGUUUUAGAUAAAAUACAUUUUUCAGUUAUUCUUCGUUUCAGCUGUCGUGCAGUUCUCGUCUGGAAGGAUUGCACGACAACAGCACGAUAGCAGAAACAUAGAAUUAAAAUUUUAUUACAAGUAAUCCACCUGAAAAAUAUUAUUGAUAAACGUAGACGUUUCAAGCUAGUAACUUUCAUUUCCGACACCUCGUUUUUUUGUCGUAUUUUUUAGGUUGACAAUAUAAUUUAAGUAUAUUUAUCUCAUACAAGUACAGUAUAGUGCAGUACAGUACAAUACAGUGAAAAAUAUUAUGUCACCCUUUUUAUUAGCAUGCAAUAAGCGCGGAAUAACCAGCGAUUACAUGUAAUUUUUCCUUUAAUUUGUUCUAUUUUGAGGUAAAUAUAAUAGAAGGGUGAAAUAAUAUACACUGAAGAGAACAUUGUGACUAACUUAACAAACAAGACUAUAUAGUAUUACAAAGUAGGGGGUUGUUUGCUAUUAAUAGCUAUUUAGGUUCAGUAUAAUGUCUUAAUUUAUGUUGUUCGAUAUAUAUCAUGUUUUACAAAUAAUGUAUAUUAAUCAUUAAUGUUGAAUUAAGAAAUUGUAGGUAAGUCUUGAGUCUCUUUAACAUGGCAUCUAGUAAAAAUUGUGCAGCGUAUUGAAAAUACCUGAAUGCGUAGUUACAUAACCGACCAUCUCCCAACCUCGUAGGCAGGGUAAAGACCCUGGGUACGAGGUUGACCAUCUCUCAAAUUUUUUUAUUGGCGUCAAAAACGAACGAU